AUGUUCUCAUACCUAACACUAGAUAAUCUCCCCGGUGAGAUUCAACUCCAUAUCCUUUCUCAAAUUGGAGCGCACGACCUUGGCACAAUUGCCCGAACCUCAAAACUCGUCAACCAAAUUGCAACACCGCUUCUCUGGAAUGACAUUGAACUCCAUGAAGAGGGCUACCAUGAGUCCAGACACGAGAUUAAGGUCCCUCCUCCAGCGAGAGACCCAGCGCAUCGGCCUUAUCACCACAAGCCUAAAUGGGGAGACGGGCGAGGCGCGUGUAUGAAGGCUUAUCAGUUCUUCAAUAUACUGCAAAUAAUGCACAAAGAGAACCCCGAUCGGUUGCAGCAGAUCACCCAGCGUGUAAGACAUCUGUGCACCGUGAUUGAUCCUUCAUGGAGGCCAGUGGCUGAAGAUACCGAUUCCAUUAAUACUGAGGUCAUUCAAGUCUGGCAUCUUUUGCCGUAUUUUUCAAGCCUCGAAACAUUAGAAUUAUACGGAGACUGCUACUACUGCCAAGAGGCUGAGGAGCAGGUUUCUCAAAUUCUCGGGCCUCCUCCGAAACUCCGUUUCCUGAAGCUCUCAGGCUACAUGUCACGAGAAGUGCCAGCAUGGCUUCUUAGAGGAGGAGAUACUCUGUAG